AGAACUCCACAUCUCAGCCAGCCACCCUGCUGUGGUACCUGCACUGAUCCCACCCUCUCUUCGUUCACAUUUCAUUAUCUUUGGUUCAUUAGAUCGUUAAGCAAUGGCGGAUGAUGAAUUAGUGGCCUGAUGAAUAGACCAUCAGGUCUUUAGCUCUGUCCUUUCCCAAGAAAGAGGCUUCGUAAAGAUCACUCUCUUUAUGCAUAAAGAACAAGAGGAAAGAUGAACUAUACAGCUUUGGGAGUUAACCCAAGCCAACUGCACCUGCUUUCCCGACAAAGUGAAAGAGAAUCCAAGCUACACCGUCUUCUCAGAGUCUGUAGCUCCAUUUCCGAAGCUGCCACCUUUCGCUCUCUCCUUCCGCUGGAGUGGAAGCCUGUCAAGAAAUGGGUGGUUCGGGGAAGUGGAUCAAGUCGUUGGUCGUUGUCCUCAAGAAGCAAGAUCAGGAUAGCUGUGAAAAGAGUGGCGAUGGCGAUAACGGGAGGAGCAGGAAGUGGAAGAAGCUGUGGAGGAGCUCCUCGUGGGACCACCUGUCGCUGCGGCGGGGAUCGAGGGGCAGCAGCCGCCGGUCGGCGGCGUCCGAGGAGUCCGAUGCCUCCUCGGUCUGUGACGCGUUCGCCGCCGCCGCCGCGGCCGUCGUCCGCGCCCCUCCCAAGGACUUCAGGGCGGUCAGGCAGGAGUGGGCGGCCAUCCGCAUCCAGACCGCCUUCCGCGCCUUCCUGGCGAGGAGGGCGCUGCGGGCGCUGCGAGGGAUCGUGAGGCUGCAGGCCAUAGUGCGGGGGCGGCAGGUUAGGAAGCAGGCGGCGGUGACGCUGAGGUGCAUGCAGGCCCUGGUGCGUGUGCAGGCGCGCAUCCGGGCGCGGCGGGUGCGCAUGUCCACCGAGGGGCAGGUCGUGCAAAGGCUGCUCGAAGCCCGCCGCGGCACACUGGAUCCUCUAAAAGAAGCAGAGGAAGGAUGGUGUGACAGUCCGGGCACAGUAGAAGAAGUAAGAGCAAAGCUACAGAUGAGGCACCGAGGAGCUGUCAAGAGGGAAAGAGCCAUUGCUUAUGCUCUUUCUCAACAGCAAUCUAAGUCAACCCUCGGUGGAAGAUCAAAGCAGAGUUCGGUCUCUUCAAAGCAUAGUGGUUUUGAUCAGAGCAAUGGGAGCUGGAGCUGGUUAGAGAGGUGGAUGGCUGCAAAACCAUGGGAGAGCAGGUUGAUGGAACACAAAGUCCACAACAAUCCUUCCGACGCUGAAUCCAAAGAAGACAUUUUUGGCAUCUACUCAACAUGUAGUGAGCCUAGUACAGUGAGGAUAAAGAAGAACAACAUCACGACCAGGGUUUCUGCAAGACCCCCAACCAUCACUUACAACCACUGCUGCAGAACUCGUUCUGCCUCAUCCCCAAGCACCGAAUUAUACUUCAACGAGAGCUCUGCAUCGUCGUCGUCUAUCUUCAUGUCAACACCGUUCUCGAGCAGCACUCUUCUAGCUUCAGAAAGGACAGAGGACAGCAGCAGCAGUAGGCCCAACUACAUGAGCUUGACUGAAUCGAUCAAGGCGAAGCAGAAAGCUCUGAAUGCGCAAAACUCCACACCGCAGGGGCAUUCAUCCCUGGCUGUUCGCUCUCAUCGCAAGACUUUAUCUGGUAUCAACACAGAUUCUUCCAUCUUCUCUUGCGAUCUGGAGAAUCAACCACCACAAAGGGAGAAGAGUUCUGUAAGAAAAAUGGAGAAAGUAAAUGGUUACCAUGGCAAACUACACACUUAUGGAUCGUAGUGUUCCUGAACGAUUGGCUUCGAAGCCUUGGCAUGCAUGACAUGACUCCUUCGCAUGUGUGUUCAACAUCUCGUUGUAAUGUGUGUUUAUAGCUUCUGAGGAACUAAAAAUUCUUACUGCUAAGAGACUGCAUUGUUUUUUUGAA